AUGCAGGUGAUGCAGGUACCGCAGGUACCGGUAGCCGAGGUGAUGCCGGUACCGGUACGCGAGGUGAUGGAGCUACCGGAAAUUCAUGAGUUAUUUAAAGAUUAUGAAAUCAAGUAUUGUUAUGUGGACAGAAAUAAAAGAACAGCCUUUGUCACUCUUUUGAAUGGAGAACAGGCCCAGAGUGCCAUUCAGAGAUUCCACCAGUAUUCCCUCAGGGGAAAGGAGAUAUCUGUGCAGCUCCAACCCACAGAUGCUCUGCUGUGCAUCACUAAUUUACCCAUUUCAUUGACACUAGAAGAGUUUGAAGAACUUGUCCGUGCCUAUGGCAAUGUGGAGAGGUGUUUCUUGGUGUAUAAUGAAACUACUGGGCAUUCCAAGGGCUAUGGAUUCGUGGAAUACAUGAAGAAGGACUCUGCUGCAAAGGCCAGGCUGGAACUUCUGGGCAAGCAGUUAGAGGAGAGCAUUCUCUUUGCACAGUGGAUGGAUGUGAACCAGCUGACCACAAACCUUAUUCACUCCAAGUGCCUUUGUAUUGAUAAAUUACAAAAAGACUCUGCUGAGUCAAAAGAUCUGAUCCAAGUUUUCUCCCUCAAGUACAAACCUGUGUUCUGCCAGUUUGCUCAGGAUGAAGACAGUGGCAUCGGUGACUUCGCCGUGGUUGAGUAUGAGACUGCAGAGCAGGCAGAGAAGGUCUGGGAAGUCACAGAUGGCAUCACCUUUAAAGGGAAGAGACUCCAAGUGUCCUACUGUGCCCCUGGAGCACCAGGCAGGAGCACCUUAGCAGCACUGAUAGCAGCGCAAAGGAUGAUGAGGAACAACAGGAAAGGCUUACUUCCAGAGCCAAAUCCAGUGCAGAUCAUGAAGAGUUUUAAUAAUCCAGCCAUGCUGCAGAUGCUGCUGCAGCCCCAGCUUCGUGGCCAUGCUGUGAAACCUGUUCUGGGAGCGUCUGCAGGUUUGCCUCACCUAAUAAAUUCAGCUGUUGGUUCACCUUUUCUGCAGCUGAAUAAAGUUCAUCAGAGCUCAAUUCUGGGGAGUGCAUCCAACCUGCUGCUGCAGAGCCCUGCUCACCUGCCACUGCCCCAGCAGCAGCUCAUGAAGAUUGAGAACAUUCAGGCUAACAGUAAACCAGGUUUGCUGGGUGAGCCUCCAACAAUGCUCCUGCAGACAGUGCUGGGAAUAGGGGUGAUGCCAGCAGUGAGCUCAGGCAUGGGGACCCGAGGAGAAGCUCUGAAGUCAUCUAAUCCAACUCCAAUUCCAACAGCAGCAGCGGCAGGGAUGGGCAUGCUGCCAUUCUUUCCCAAUCAGCACAUUGUUGGACAAGCUCUACCAGGGCAAAAUAAUGCUGCAGACAAACCCUCCGAGGCAGCUGUGUCAGGAUCACAGCCUUAUCCCCAGCCCCUGGCAGCCCUUCCUGGGGGAGCUCUGCGUGCUGGACCUGCCAAACCACACAGCCAGCCCAAAAGCACUGAGGUGAGCUUGGGAACUCCCCUGAAAAAACAAACUUCUCUGCUUGGGGAACCACCAAAAGAAAUACGUCUGAGCACCAACCCUUACUUGAAUUUGGCAAGUGUGUUGCCUGGUAUCUGCCUGCCAGCAAUUGCCAGCAAAGCCUCCAGUCCACCUCAGCAGACCGGAAUUCCAAAUAAUGUCGUGGAUGCUGCUGUGUCUCAGGGAACUGCAUCACAACAUGCCAUGGAAAAUUACUUCGGCUACUCUCAGCCGCACGGGGAAUACACACAGGUGGCUCCAGCGCGCAGCGAGAAGCGCAGCUCCUCGUACCUCAUUCCCUCCCCCGAUGCCAGCCCUGUGGAAUUCCAGGCUCCAGGCUCGGCCGUGCGUUACACAGAGUCCUCCCUCAAAAAGAAACGUGUGUACUGA